UUCGUCUUUGUCGGGAGAAAUUCCCCACAUAUCGAGAGAUUCCCCAGCCUGAAAUGGUGUAUAUUUCACGAAAUCCUUGUGUUUAGGACAAGAUGUGGUAACGUACGAUAUUUAGACAUUAUUAUCAUGGUAACUACCUGACAGACAAGCUCGGCCAAGGCGGAUUUAGCCCUGAGCUGAGUGGAAAAUCUCGGGGAUGCCACGUAGGAAAUCAACAACUCUGUCCGCCUCGCCUCUCAAACGUCCCUUAGAUGAAGAGUUCACCUUCGAAACGCCUGGAAAGAGAAGAAAGAGUACAGAUUCAUCAGACUCUCAGUCAUCUACAAAGAAAGAUGGAUUGUCCAAAUCUCCAAAAUCACCACGAUCACCUCGUGCUGCAGCUAAGCAGAGCCCGGAGACAGGAGGAAAGGGUUCUGGUACCAAGAAGGGAAAGGGAAAAGGAAGUCAGAGGGAUGAGGAAGAUCUGGAUCCAUCCAAACCUCAUUCACCUGGAUCUUCAGGAUCUGAGAAGCGCAACUUGUCCUUGGAGGCUCUGUUCCAGGUGACAGACUCAGAACUGCAGAACAUGACGCGACAAGUCCCAGAGGCAGAGGCGGAGUCUGUUGGUGAGAGAGUUAUCAUUCUCACACCAGAAAACAUGGGGAACAUACAUUACAUCAUAUCUGAAACUCCAGAACCUGUGCAGAACAUGGUUAAAAUCCCUGUGUCUGAGAAAGGGAUUGAGAAAUAUCAUUUGAAAUCUGAUUCCCUAGAGGAACAAGGCCUUAAGCUCGUGUACACUAAGCCGGCUUUUAAUCAGAUUGGUUCAGAGGAAGGAAGUUCCAAUUCCAGUUCUGGAGAAGUUAAGAUCAGGCCUCUGAAGGAGAAACCUACAGCUGUUCUUGGGGAACAGCAGACGGCGCCGUCUGUGGGGCGUAAAAGGAAACAUCCUCAGAAACCAGGAAGACAUAUCUGUUCCUAUUGUGGUCGUGGUUGUGCCAAGCCAAGUGUCUUACAGAAACAUAUCCGUGCUCAUACCGGUGAGCGUCCAUAUCCAUGUGACUGCGGCUUCUCGUUUAAGACUAAGAGUAACUUGUAUAAACACUGUAAGUCCAGAGCUCAUGCUCUGAAGGUUGGAUUAAACAGUGCUGGUCCUGAGGACAAACUCAAGGACAAAGAGGAAGGCGAUGUGACUGUUUCUGAGGUCAUAGAGGAUGUGGUUGAAGAGGAUUCAGAAGACUCAGAAGGGACUGAAACAGAUGAAGAGGUGAUCGAAGAAAAGGUGGAGGAGCCUACACUUAUUAUGGAGUGUCCAGAAGAUAAGGACCUACAGCCAUCAGGGUCUGAAGAAAUACCUUGGAGGAAACAGGCCAUUCUUGCUGACAUCCGACAGAAAAUAGACAGGAAUAAACUUAUGGAGUGGAGUAAAAAUUUAGAGAAACAGAAGAAACAAGAAAGUGAUGCAAUGCUUCAAGUUCAUAGUCAGUUCCCUGUCAGAAUAGCGCCAAAAGAUUUACCAAACCAAUCUGAUGGUUCCACAGGGGUGCAGAUAUCAAGUUCAGUGAUUGGAAUUAAACCACUUGUCGCUACACCAGUUUCAAGCCAGACUGAUGUAAAACCAAAGUCAUCAUCCCUUCCAUCAUCGUCUGUGGUGACAGAUAAAAAUACCGGUGAAGUUAUAAAAGUAGAGAAAACUCCAAUGGAUGAGAAACCCGUUGUCAGUGUACAAGAACCGAUGCCUGCUCAACCAAGGCAGUCAGUCGAUCCUUCCCUUGUCCUCUCAGCAGAAAUGGUUAGCCUACCACACCCAUGUACAGAGCCAGAGGCUGCAACUAAAGCUCUGAGAGAUUUGGAGAACCUUAGUGAGAGAUUCCAGAAUGCUGCCCAUGAAGGUAUUGCUUUGUCAACAGCUGUUAACAGCUUACCUGACAAGUCAGUGCAGGUGACAAUCCAUCUGCCAAAGUAUCCACAAGGAAAGGUGAAGUCUUUCCCCAAACUUCAAAGAGGCAGUACUCUGCCACAGUCAGUGUCACCGUCCUCCUCUGGAGGACCAGCUGUUGGAAGAUCUACGUCAGUUGAUUCUCGAACACUGACACCAGAGAUGCUCAAGGAAAGGAUCCAGCAGCUUAUUCAAGCAAAUGCAGCUAUUGUAGACAUGCCCAUGGCUGAUCCUCCGCGGGCAAAGUCCAAAGGUCUCACAAGGCAGUACAGUGACUUUCUGAUCCAUAGCUGGAAACUCAAUGAACCAAAUACAGCAAUGACAGGCGAUGCCAGUUCAAAGAUCCAAAUUCCAAGCAUUUCAUCAGUUCCAUUACAGCCCAUUCAAGGUGAGGAGGGUCUUGUGCGACAAGCAGCCGUUGAGGAGAAAGGAUCAGGAGAUGCAGCUAGGUUGAUACUUGAACAAGCAGAAGAACAUUCCAAGAUUCGUCAGAUUCAAACUCUGAGAGAUGCAGUGAGGAGAAACAGUUCCUCCUCCUCUGAUGGAGAUGUUGUCCGAGUUCUGCCAUCAACAUCGCCAGGACAGGAGAUAAAGAUUCAGAUCAACCUGGCCAAGAUGCAGAGUGAGGCAGCUCUGAAGAGCCAGAAGGAGGAGAAAACAGCUGUAAUAAAUGCCCAAGGGGAGUCUGAUCCUAAACUUGGCAAGGCAGCUCAGAUCGAUCCAACUCUUCUUCAAGGUUCAUUAGCAUUAUCCAAGCUUGACACCAGUCAGGAAAGUAGUGUGAUUAAGGACUUACUUCUUAAAGGAAAGACAUUUAUGAAUGCAGUAAGUGCUGAUCAGAAGUCUUCUCUGAUGUUGACUCAGGCUGAAAAGCUGAAUACAGAUGACUAUGGACCCUAUCUUUGUAAGGAUUGUAAUGUUUCUUUCAAAAAGGACCAGACCCUUCAAAUACACAAGAAACUGUACUGUCCAUGUAGCAAGCUUCAAGAAAAUACAAGGACGUCAAAUCCUUUUGGGGCAGGGGCUUCAGACAUAAAAGCAGAGGAAUUUGCUGCAAUUGGCAAAGAAAUCAUUUCAAAGUAUUUCCCCAAAACAGGCCCUGUGUUAAUGAGAUCACAGUCAGCGCCAGCACCAGACAUGAUGACAGGGGUUGACUUCAAACAUGUAAAAGCAAUUCCUGAAGGGUGGUAUCCUAGGAAAAAAGGUAGACCUAAAGGCUCUAAAAACCGACCUAAAGACUUGCAAAUGCUUGCUACAACACAAGCUUCAAAACUGCUUGCACCGGCUAAUCAGCUAACACCCACAACCCCACUCAUUCCAACAUCACCUCGAGCUCCAGGUACUCCUGUGGUCACCCCUAAGCCCCCAAGUAUAUCAGCUACUUCAAGUGUAGCUACAAGCCAGGCUGCUCCAUUAUUACUUGCAAGCCUCCAGGCAGGUCCUCUCAUUGUUCCAGGAAGCACCAUCCUAACCAACCAAACAACUACAUCAACCAUCAGUUCAUUGAUGAUUGGACAACCAAUGGUGUCAGUUCAAGCAGGUGCAUCUACCAUGCACGAGUCAUGUUCUAGUAAGACCACAUCGUCGUCGUCAUCUCAGGCUCAGACUCCUCAGACCCCACAAACUCCUCAAACCCCCCAGACUCCCGGGACACCUCAGACACCACAAACACCAACAUCCACUGAUCCUCAAGCUUUGUGGAAGCUGAAACUGAAGGGCAAGUUGCUGAUGAAAAGAUCUAUGAGUGUUGAGAGAAUGUUGUCUCAAGAGAAAGAAGUCACUACCCCAACUACCACUGUUCCUUUAAAAAUAAAAAUCAAACAGGGAUCUGUGUGCAUAGAGCCUGAACAUUCUGUUAGCAAGAUUGCUAAACUGACCGAUAAUGAACAUACAGGACUCUUCACAUGGCAACCUCCAGUGGUCAGCCCAAAUGCUCCAAAAUCUCUGGCAGGUCAAACUCUGCCCAAAUUCUUUAACAUGCCUAAUUUGAAAUUGUUAACAGACGACACUAACAGUGCGUCACAUGAUGUACUGAGAGUGGAAAUAGGAAUGAUGUCUGCAUCAUCUGGUAAUGUGAUUGUACCUGUAGCUAUGCCUCAGCCUUUCUUUGUUAAUGCUGAGAUCCCCAGUGCAGUGUAUGCCCAGUCCUUGGCUAGUGUCAAUCUCCUUACUGGCGGUCUAGUUCAGCAUGGCAGCAUCAACAUCCCAGGAUUCCACAUGACAUUACCAGCAGCUCAGCCGCGAAAUUUGUCAUGUACCCCAACCAUUGUUUAUCCCAGAACACCAAUAGCUUCAACACCAACCAUCAUCAUCUCCUCAGAUGAAGUGAAGAGUGACGGUACACCUCCCCAUGAAAAAGGUGUCAACACAUCCACAACUCAGCAGCUGAAGGCCAAACUGGAAAAACAGAUCUCCAUCUCAAAAUCUGGAUCUCCAUCACCAGUGAAAACCCCCAUCACUGAUGUGAAACCUUUCUUGACAAGCCGUCAGCUUUCAGUGCUGACAGUUCCAGAAAGCCUAAAAGUUGGGGGUGGAACUUCACCAACAACACCAACCAAACCCACAACACCAACACCAAGAGAACUCCAUUCACCAUCAGCCAAAGCAGUUCCUCUGUACCUGUAUGGCCACUCCUACCCUUCACUCCGAGGCUCCACUCAUGUGACUUUCUGUUGUGUUCAGAAGCUCCAGCCAUAUGUCCCUGUUAGCAAGAAUAGGAAAAUUUCUAUGUAUUCCAACUGGAGGGUGGCCAAACAUAAUCCAAAUCCACCAAAUCUCUCCUCCAAGAUGUUACUGUCUCUCUACAAGUCCCGGUACACCAGCAACCCAGUUUACAGUGAGAGCAACUUGGCUCCACCCAAUGGGGGCAUCCUCACUCACAGCUCAUACUGGACAUACAAGAAGAAGAAACAGGACGCCUCCAAUCUGCAGGUGAAAGAAAGCCCUGAACCCAAAGGCACCAAGGCUGACAACUUAACCGAAAUUAUCACAAACACGGAGGAGCUGAAGGAACCGGUGUAUCGACUUCAGAAUGAGAAGCUGAUUGUUAAGAAGGAUCACAAGGGUCUGAGAAGGAUUCAGGUCUGUAAGGGAGGCUUUAAGACAAAUGAGGAGUAUGUUUAUGUCCGGGGUCGAGGGCGAGGCAAGUAUGUUUGUGAAAUUUGUGGAAUCCGAUGCAAGAAACCAAGCAUGUUGAAGAAGCAUAUUCGCACACACACAGACUUUAGACCAUAUCAUUGUCGGCAUUGUCGAUUUUCAUUCAAGACAAAAGGAAAUCUGACAAAGCAUAUGAAAUCUAAGGCACAUCAGAAGAAAUGCCUGGAGAUAGGAGUUGUUCCGGUGCCUAUCACGGUGGACGAGUCUCAGAUAGACUCGGAAGCCCUGGCAGCACAAUCUGCUGUAGCUAAAGAGGCCAGGAUACGAGAUGCUGCCGAUAUCAAGACCUAUCCUCCUGGUCAGGAGGAUGAAGAUGAUGAUGACGAGGACGAUGAUGAGGAAGAGGACAUGGAAGAUGAUGAUGAUGAUGAUGAUGAUGUUGAUGACUUACAGAAUCAGAUGGUGGUAGAGGAAGAAAUGGAAAUCAGCACACUUGAAGAUGGUUCUGAACAGAUCCGAGAAGGAGACAAGGAGUCGUCUCCCCCUGUUUUUGUGGCAGUUCAGGUAUCUGACAGUGAUCAACCAGCCCUCAUACAGAUAACUCCUGGAGCCAUCACUAGCAGCAGCCUGCCAACGGUGAUGAGUCUCGCUAACAACGUCACAGUCCAGGCCACCACCUCCUCACAGUUGAAGGAGCUGAGUACAUCGCAGAAGAUUGAUGCAGAGAUUGCACGGAGUCUGCUGGAUCUGUCGAAGAAGGCUGAAGCAGACGGCAGUGGGGGAGAUGGGCAGACGUCUGGCAUCCUCACACCAGACUCACAGAAAGGUGUUACAAGAUUAAACUCACUUAUUGGAGCCUUGAUGUCAAGGACAAAGCCUCUGUCUGGUCUCAAACCAGGGGGAGAGAACUCUCCACUGACUAUAGAGGUUGCUCAAGGAGGAGAAGCUGUCUUAUCAGUCACCAAAUCCAGCAUGGUUUCUCUUACUCCAACAACACCGAAAGGAUUCGAGGCAAGCCUCCAAGCUGCAAGAGGCCUACCUUUUACUAUGACAUCGUUUGAGAAGGUCAUGCCUUUGAAAAUGGAUUUUUCCAAGACCUCACCGAAAGACUCUCCCAGGACUCCAAGUGUGGACAUGAGCAUCAAGGCCCUACCAGCCAUGCAGAUGAAUAUACCAGUCAUGACCAAGCCAUCGCUACUGGCCUUUCUUCCUGCAUAUGCAGCUGUGACUAAAGACAUGGCCACAAGGACCAGCACUGGACCAAUCGUGGGUCAGUUCAUUCGACAAGAACCAAUUGUCCUGCCCAACUACAGCCACUCCUGGGGUUACAAGCUGCCCAAGACAACGGAAUCUUUUCAGUUCAGUCAUCCCUUCCCUGGUGUUAUGAUUGGGGAAGGUCCGGUUCCAUCGAUUUCAACUGAUCCUGAAGAUCAGAAGAAUAAGACUGUUGUCAAUGCUGGGAAUGGAAAUGCUUCCUUUGCAGAUGCAUUGAAGAUUCCAGUGGUAAUUCCUGUGACAGACACUUCAACGGUUCCAAUAGUUGUUAGUGAGAGUUCUGAUGAGUCAACGAAUCAGGACCUUGAGCCAAAUGAUUCGGACAAGGUUCCAAAAGUAACAGUAUCAGAAGAUGAUGCAGUGGGAGCAUCAGCUUCAGAAGGUGUUGAAAAGUCUGGGGUGACUCUAGUUCCGGUUCAGGAGCUCCUCAGCCCGGUGCUUCAUUCCCCAUCGGUCAUCAAGGAAGGAGCAAUCAUCCUCUGCCCUCCUGAGGCAGGGGGAGCCACUACUCCCCAGCAACAGAUUGUGUACUUCAUUGGGGACUCACCGGUUCAGGUGCUGGGGAUGGAGAAAGAAGGACCUCAUGCUUGUGAUGUUUGCAGCAAAUCCUUCCCCCAACAGCAUCAACUCACCUUACAUCGGAACAUUCAUUUCAUGGACAAGCCAUUCCGGUGUUCUGUUUGUUCCAUGUACUUCAAGAACCAGGGAAUGUUGGAGAGGCAUGAGAAAUCAGAAAGUCACAUCGCAAAACAUGAACUAAGAUCUCAACAAGAAGCCGCAAUUAAGGAUGACCCUCGCCCAUACAAAUGCUCAUUUUGCAAUGUGGCUUUCCGAAUCCGUGGACAUUUGUCAAAACAUCUCCGGUCUAAACUACAUGUGACCACCUUAGAGAAGAUGGAAAUGUUACCAGCAGGAACGUUUGAUAGACUGGACAAGAGUGGUGAGAUUGCUCGAGUAGAUACAUCAGACCCUCAGAGUGUUUUGAAAAUCCUUCAAGGGAAGGGUGUAGGAGAUGGGUCAGAUUAUCUGCAUUCACCCAGACCGUCCACAUCCAAGGAUACAGAGGAUGAAGACGAGGAUGGAGAAGCUGAAGGGGAGCUGAUGAUAGAUGAGUCUCUUGUGGAAGAAGGGAACCGAGAACGAAGGGACAGCAUGGCUAGCCCCAUCAAGGACCACUUUCAUCUCAAUAAGGUGGCAGACUAUGAGAAACACGACCAAGCCUCCAAUGAGCGAGUGACAGUUGAAAUUAAGCAGGAACCUCUGGACAUCUUUGAGAUUGGACAAGGUAAUUCAGAUGCUCAGCGUUACGGGACUGAAACGGAAUCAGAGAAAUUUGCAAAUGUUGAGACAGUGAAUGUGGUGGCAAAAGAUGGCCGAACAUCCCCAGGUGUUUCGGGAGGCAGCUCACAAGUGUGGUUCUGCAGGCAGAACUUCAGAUCACUGGACCAACUGAGGUCACACUUGAUCACACAUGCCGAGCUCCGCCCCUACGUGUGCGAGUACUGUGACGCUGGCUUCACCAAUGCCAUGGCCUUGCAGAAACACCUCCAGACUCACAGAAUGUCACGCCCAUAUAUAUGUGGGCUCUGUGGGGAUACUUUCACAAAGUCAGAGGAAUUGAAGACCCAUCAUGCAACACAUUCAAGGACAACAUUGCUGCGACCAUCUCUGCGAGACAGUUUCAUCCAGUCCCAGAAGGAUACCACUUCCUCUAAUGGAUCUCAGAUAGAUGCGAACAGUGAAAACAGUGAUGCCAAUGCUUGUGCAGAAGACACAGAGAAUCAUUCAAAGGGAGAUAACUCUGACUCAUCUUCUUCACCCAAGGGAAGUAACUCAUUCCAGGCAGGUGUUUCUAAAGGCGAGCACUCUGCAGAAGUUGAUAUGACAGAACAGUCUAUUCCUUAUAAAAUGGAGUUUGAGGUUAAAGGAAAUAGUGACUGUGCAUCCGACGUGGUUAUAGACGAAAUAAAGGUUCAGAGGAAACAGAUCCAGAGACAGUUUUCAGUGGACGAAAGUGACAAAUCUAUUUCCUCGACCAGGAAACAAAGGAACAAACUGACUUCUUAAAAGAUGAUUCUGUUUCUCAAAGUAUCUUGUCAGAAAAAAGAGAAAACAGAUGAUAGCAGGUGUAUGAUUUGCAGCAAAUAUUUAUCAUAUCAAAAACUGAGAUCUAACGAGAUACGUGGUAUUCACAGAGGAGCAGUAGGUAAACAGUUACUGGCAGAGUAACCUCUGUUAGUUAGAGACACAGAGAUGUUAAGGAAAGGCAUGCAUGGUUUCUGAAAUGAUCGUGUAAUGGAAACAAAGGGUAAUGUAACUGAUUGCAAAAUUAUGUUGUGUCAUUAAAUGUGUGAGUAUUUUCAUGUUUGUAUCAACAGGAUAGAUUGAUAAAGUGUUUCCAGUGCUUUAGCCAGGCAGUCCAUUUGGCAUUCCAAAGAAUUUGUGGAAGUUUGCGCUUAACGUAUACACAAGUUUUUGUACAUUGGUACUCAUCUUCAUUUCAAGUGAUGAUAAGAUGAUGAUGAUGAUGAUGAUGAUGAUGAUCAUCAUCAUUGAAAAUCUUGACUGAAAAGAAGUUACGAACCAGUCUUUCAAACUGUUGAAACACAGUUGUAUUUUUAAAAUGUUUAAUUCAUUUUGUGACUUCUAACCACAAAAAUGUCAUCAGCUAUAUUUAUUCCUAUGAGGGUGCAUAUACUAAAUGUAACAUUGUUUCAAAAACAAAAUUAGCAAUAAAUGCUAACAUGAGAUAUAUAUUGGUUUGCAUGACAAGGCAACCAUAAAAUGUACAGUCAUCCUGUGUUUAUUUCUGUAGGCUUAUUCAAAAAUUAAUAUGCCAAAACACACUGAUCCUGGCUGAAGCACUGCAUUUCAGCUGUCAAAGUGGAAGCAUUGGAAAUGAAGCAUCUUUAGAUAAGAACAAGCGUCUUUAAAUUUGUAAACACCCUGAAAACAAUUUAACAAUAAUUUCAUUGUUUAUGAGUCAUAACUGUCAUUUAUCACCAAUACUUUAGUGUCUUGUAGACACUACGUUCCACCAUCUUGAUGUUGGAGUGUAGCAUAUUCAAACGCAUGAAGCAUUAACAAAGAACUGUCACCAUUCAUUUUUAAAAGGUUAGAAUUAGAACUGGUCUUCAGCAACCCAUGCCUGUCGUAAGAGGCGACUAAAGGGAUUUGGUGGUCAGGCUUGCUGGCUUGGUUGACGCUUGUCAUCGU